UGGAUCUUUGAUUUUUUGUAUUUCAUUCGCGAGAUUUCCUGUUAACAAAAUAUCAGUGAAUUUUAAAAAGGGUCGCUCACCUUAAAUAUAGGCAAAUGGCGAUGUUACAUGCGAUUUUAACCAUAAGGUUCUUCCUCCAAAUACAGUUUCGUUGUGCAAAAAUGGUUUUAGAAGCAACGAAAUUUCAAUAAUAGGGUGGUGAAACGAGUAGUAGGUGGUGUUUACCUUUAGACUUUUUGGAUAUCAUGCCUGAAAACGAAACGUAAAGAACAAUUUUUAGCAAAUGUUAAAUUGAACUAUGUUACCAGAAACAUUUAGACUCCACACCUAAAAAUUAAUAAAAAUUUCGAACUUUCUCUCAACACUAAACCUUUUACGUAAAAACUACGUUUUCUUUUCAAUUUGUUAUCUUGCUUGCGUGGCAGUUUUCCCCCCGGUUAGAACACUUUUCUCAGUUUACAACGUAAGACGUGGCAGUUACCUUUUACUUCUACAACAUCGAAACAUUGAAAGGACAACCUGAGAAUCGAUGCUGACCCCGUGAUCUACACGCGACGUAGCUUGAUUUGCAUGACCCUAAAAUAUAAAAAUACAUUGUGCUGAUAUGCAAAAAAAAAAAUCCUGUUAACUUAACUCAGGCAAGUCGAUCAUAACAAUCAGCGUAUGCAACGAAAAACUUUUGACAACCGUCGAAAUGAGAAACACGGCCAUGUUUCAAUUAAAUAUUGCUACAUUUGUCAUCUUUGUUUCCGGUUGUCUUCUCUUGCUUAUUUUUCAUCAAACUGUCAAGCCAGAAACAGCGAAUACCAUCAGCCACACUGAUGAUUCACAGAAGGACUUAACUGUUUCUGACUUUGUGACGUCGACAGAAAACUCGACAAACAAAUUACCUUUGAAACUAAUUUUACUGUGGAACGCCAUGUCUCCGGAGCUUUCAGAUAAUCCAUUCGUCACGUUCAACUGUCCAGUGAAAACGUGCCUCUUCACAGCUGACAUGUCGCUGAUCCAUCUCAGCGAUGUCGUUCUCCUUCGUAUUGACGUACUCGAAGACAUGCCGUUGAACCGUCUACCACAUCAACGUUUUGUGUUUCUUCACAUUGAGUCACCCAUUAGUACAAAAUUGUCUAUAAUGGACAACCCACGAUUUCGCUACAACUACUUUAACUGGACAAUGACGUACAGGCGCGAUUCAGACAUUUUUCUACGCGAUUAUUAUGGAUCUGUAAUGCCCCAUAAUUCUAUGAAAGGCAACAACAUAUUUGAGCGGACAAAAAUUCAAAACGAAUCAAUUGGGAAAGAAGUGAUGGACAAUGACACGGAUUUAGCGGCCAUUAUUCGAGGGAAAAAGAAAAUGGUGGCUUGGUUCGUAAGCCACUGUUCAACUCUAAUUCGGAGAGAAGAAUACGCCCGUCAACUUGGCCAAUACGUGCCAGUCGACAUUUUCGGCAAUUGCACCAAAGAAUGUCCUACCGAUUGCGAUGAAAUGUUGCGGAAAGAUUAUAAAUUCUAUUUGGCAUUUGAGAAUUCUUGGUGUCCUGAUUAUGUAACGGAAAAAUUCAUUCGGCCAUUGUUUUAUCACGCCGUCCCAAUCGUUCUUGGUGGCGCUGACUACAGUCACUUUGCUCCGCCUCAUUCUUACAUUAAUGCCCGAGAUUUUGGGUCUCCCAAAGAGCUGGCUGAUUACCUGAUAUUACUGAACAAUACCGAAACGUUGUACACCAGUUAUUUUGAUUGGAAAAAAGACUACGAGAUCGUCAGGACUGACAUGUCCGGUUGGUGUGACUUGUGUCAAUUAGCUCACAACGACAGUUUGCCGGUUAAAGUCUAUCCUGAUAUCAAGCAGUGGUGGAUGCUGGACGAUGCCGCUUGUGAAUAUAAUUCAACGAAAUAUUUUUAAGGAAUAUUUACCUGGAAUAUGCUACUUGUUGAUUUUUCCAAUAUGUUUGCUGUCGUCGCCUUUAAAAAAAGGGUAGAUGAAAGAAUUGG